GUCCCGCGCGGAGCCGGGGGCGGUUUGAGCGGCAGCGCCCGGCGCGGCGGCGGCUCCCGGUCCGGCACGAUGCUGCCCCUGUCCUUGCUGAAGACGGCGCAGAACCACCCCAUGCUGGUGGAGCUGAAGAACGGGGAGACGUACAACGGGCACCUGGUGAGCUGCGACAACUGGAUGAACAUCAACCUGCGGGAGGUGAUCUGCACAUCGCGGGACGGGGACAAGUUCUGGAGGAUGCCCGAGUGCUACAUCCGCGGCAGCACCAUCAAGUACCUGCGGAUCCCCGACGAGAUCAUCGACAUGGUCAAGGAGGAGGUGGUGUCCAAGGGCCGGGGCCGCGGGGGCAUGCAGCAGCAGAAGCAGCAGAAGGGCCGCGGGGUCGGAGGAGCCGGGCGAGGUGUGUUUGGGGGCCGUGGCCGAGGAAUUCCAGGCAGUGGAAGAGGCCAGCAGGAGAAGAAGCCGGGCAGGCAAUCAGCCAAGCAGUGAGGGCAGGGACACUCUGGCUCUUGUCACCUCAGGGCUGUCCCCAAACGCUCCCUGUGCCACCCCUCCGCCAGAACCAGAGCCCAAAUCGUGCUCCUCUUUCUUUACAAGGAGUUUUCCCUCCUUGUAGCCAGCAAAUAAUUGGAAAUAUUCUUAAAAAUUCGUUCAUGGUUAAGGAGCGAGGUCCUGCCUUCUCCUGAGAGUGAAUUUUUCAGCCUUGCCAGGUUUAAUUUAAAAUAUUCCCCUGUUCAGAAGUACCAGUAUGAAGGCAAACACUUUCUGGAUCGCUUGGAUUAUUAUUUUUUUUAAAUACUUGAAACUUGGGAAAGUUGUUUUGUUUGUAACAGAUGUGUUUUGGUUUAAAAACACUGAACUUGAGGAUGUUGUGUCUGAAUAUGAAUUGUCCUAAAAAGUUUGGGGUUUUUUAAACCAACAAACACUGAAGCUUUGCUUUUCUUCUCCUGGCCAGUGAGUUCUGUUCCUCCAGUGCCUCAAAGGAGCGAUGAACCUUCAAGGCUUGUUCCCAGGAGAGCUUUGUGACAAACGAGCAUUUCCCAAUUAGUUCAUUGCUAAUUUGACUUCAGGUCGGAAGUUUCCUUCAAAUGAGCAGGGGUUUUUUUCUGUGGUUUUUGGUUUCUUUUUUUUUUUUUUUUCCUUUUGCAUGAGGCUGGUGCACCCCUUAUUCCUGGUGGGGGAUUUAAAUUUAUUGUUUUGAAACAUCAAUUUGAGUUGAUUUCCGUGGAUUUACUUUUGAAAACUCUCUCAUUUCUGCUGUGACACCGAGCCCUGAGCUCUGACAAUAUUUCCCACCCCGAUUUCUUCCGUCGGUGGCUGGUGAUUGACCUUGGCUGGCUGUACCUGUCACUUCCUCCCCCAGCCCUCAAUUACCCUCCCCGGGGCACAGCGUGUGAGCUCCCGCAGCCCCAGAAAGCUCCUGGGGAUUCCCAGGGCAGGUCACUGCAGUCUUCCAUCAGCAAAACGCACCCUCAGAACCUCCUGGCUGCUCCCAGGGGGAAGGGAACGGCUCUGGGCGUGCCUCAGCCCCUCUGGAUGGAUGGAACAGCUGGGUUUCGGGGGGGAAAUGCUGGUAUUGUGACUCGUCUCGAGCAGGUUUGGGGUUUUGUACAACUGGUUCUCGUGUUGGAGGCUCUGCCAUCGCCGCUGUACUGGAAAGGAGCGGAGAACUUGCUUUUAUAGAGUUAUUUUUUUAAUGUUUGUAGCACUGGGCACAGUGGUGAGUGAGAAUAAAUCUCCAGCCUCUC